ACACUACGACUGGGUCAGUUCCUAUUCCUUAACCAAUAUAAUACAAUAAUUUUCGUUCUUUUCACAUACAGUUUUGUAUUGACAGGUCGUGCGUUCCUGCAUUUCCGCUCAUUUUAUUUAUCAAAUUUUUAAAUAAUUUUAAAAAAUGGGUGACGUAGAAAAAGGAGCAAAAGUAUUCCAAACCAAAUGCUCUCAAUGCCACACUGUUGAAGCGGGCGGAAAACACAAAGUCGGACCUAACUUACAUGGUUUAUUUGGUCGUAAAACCGGCCAAGCUGCAGGUUAUUCUUAUACUGAUGCCAAUAAACAAAAGGGUAUCACAUGGAACGAAACAACAUUAUUUGAGUACUUAGAAAAUCCUAAGAAAUACAUACCUGGCACUAAAAUGGUGUUUGCUGGUAUUAAAAAAGUAGAAGAAAGAAACAACGUCAUUGCUUAUUUGAAAAAAGCUACCGCGUAAUGUCAGUAUUUGUGACAAUACUAUAAUAGAUUAAAUUAUGAGUAAAACCA